UGCAACUGCAGUCGAUUGCAUUCAGUUUACUCGCAUCAUCGGCCGUGUUAAGUGAACGAUGCUCCUGUUUGCAUUUAUUGUAGUUUUGUUGCUUUGUUGUGUUUUAUACGCGGGUCGCUAUAAUCGUGUCAUAAGGCACAUCGAUGGACAGUUUCCAGGUCCAACGCCAUGGCCCAUAGUUGGCAACGUGCUGCAACUUGGCCUCACACCCGAAGCGUAUUUCAGAGCGUUUCAGAGGUGGUUCAAGCAGUUUGAUUACAAGAACUUUCGCGUCUGGGCGGGUCCGCUGCCCUAUGUGUUCUUCAUGGACACUAAAUACGUGGAGCAUAUACUGAGCAACACAGCGUUGACUUAUAAGUACGAUCCGUACAACUUGCUAUAUCCCUUUCUGGGCAGUGGCCUAUUGACGUCCAAUGGUCAGCAGUGGGCGCAGCGGCGUAAGCUGAUAACACCCUCAUUUCACUUUCGCAUCCUUAAGGACUUUCUGCAAGUGAUGAACGAGACUAGCGCGCGUUUUAUGACGCUGCUGGCAACGGAAUCAGCAGCAGCGCAGGAUUCUGUGCUGGACAUUCAGCAUCUAGUAGCCAAAAGCACCAUCGAUGUUAUUUGUGAGACUGCAAUGGGCACAAGAGUAAACUGCAUUGAGGGCGAAAACUCGCCCAUUGUGCUGGGCAUUGAGACAUUGUGCUGUGUGCUAUCGGAACGCGUGUUAUCCUUAUUCAAGCGACAGGAAAUUAUCUACAAAUGCACAUCCUUGUACAGGCAACAGCAGCGGAGCUUGACUACGCUACGCUACGAGUUUGCCAGAAUAAUUGAGCAGCGUCGUGAGCUGAUCAAGACUAUGCACACUGAGCCUGAGCAAGACGAUGAUCUAGAUAUAAAGCGACCCAAAAUGGCAUUUCUGGAUAAUUUGCUUACAGCCAGCGUGGAGGGCAAACCUUUGAGCUUUGAGGAAAUCUUCGAGGAAGUUUGCACGUUCAUGUUUGAGGGUCAUGAUACUACCGCCUCGGCUAUAACGUUUGCCAUUUACUGCUUGGGCAUGUCGCCGGCGGCACAGCAGCGCGCAUUUGAGGAACAGCAGCAAAUCUUUGGCAGCGCUCAAGAUCGCCAUCCCAGCUACGAGCAGCUGCAGAACAUGCACUAUUUGGAUUUGGUAAUCAAGGAAACUUUGCGCAUAUUUCCCAGCGUGCCUUUCAUAUUUCGCACAGCGCGCGAACCAACUGUCAUUGUGGACAAAUAUAUACCACAGGGCACCACCAUGGCGCUGGCUAUUGUUGCCAUUGGGCACAGUCAUCACAGCUUUGAUGAGCCCUUUGAAUUUCGACCCGAACGCUUUGAGCCCGCCGAGCGAACUCGCACGCAGGCCAAUGCAUUUGACAAUGUGCCCUUCAGUGCAGGUCCGCGCAAUUGCAUUGGGCAGAAAUUUGCGCUGCUGGAGCUUAAGGUGACGCUAUCGAAGCUGCUGCGCAGAUUUCGCAUUUUGCCUGCGCCACUUUCCACACAGAGCAUUGCUCAGGUAUUUGAGGCAAAGUACAGACCUGGUCCACAGGAGCUGAAGCUGUUUCUGCCAUUAACACUCAAAUCCUUGAGCGGAGUGCAUGUUCGCUUGCUGAAGCGCGCGUAA